CAGCACACUAUACGAGACGGGUCUGCGCUGUUCGCUAUAAUAAAAUAAUAAGCUAUCCGUAUAACAGCGUCCUCGACAGACACAUUUUACAGUAUUUAUCUACGUUAUUUUUUUAGUAGCAGAUUUCCAAAAUCGAGUUACACUGCUGACUGCUGUAGAAAAUGAAUAGGAAAAGUAAACUGAACUGUGAACUGGCGUUUGCUGCUGCGCUGUACAAAGCCGCUGCUGAUACGGUCCCAUCAACUUCCAAUCUCAUCAUUUGCCCGUAUUCCAUCGAAAGCGUUUUGGCCUGCUUCUUACCUGGCACGGAGGGUGAAAUUCACGCGAACCUUCUGCGGCUAUUAUGCCCGGAUGGCCGAUCAGUACAAAAAUUAUGUGAGACGUUGUUCGCGAAAAAACCCACCGGUUUUGUCCAGGCGAACGCAAUGUUUUACGACGCGCGCGUUACCUUGACGGAAGCCUACCGCGAUGCAUUGAAGAGCUGCCAGGACAUUCACUUCGUCGGCGUCCCUUUCGCAACGGAGCCGCAACAAGCUAUCGAUGCUGUUAAUAACUUUCUGCAUCUUCAUUCGCCGUGGACUGUUAGCGAUAUUUUGCCGCAGUUGCAGUUAGACCAAGUUAAGAAAAGCGCUUUAAUUUUGCUAUCGACGAUCAACUUUUCCGGAAUUUGGGACAUUCCGUUUGAACCGCUGUCCACGUUCAACAGAGAUUUUUAUUGUGCGGACGGCAGGAGAUUGUUCAUCCCUUUUCUCAACUCGGAGAAGGAGAACUUCCGCUCGUACAAUGUUGACGAGGAGAAACACGAGUUAUCGCCACGCGAUCCCAAAGUGUUGAUACUCGACAUCAGCGGAAAAAACUAUAGUGUCAUGUUCUUAUUGCCGGAAGACAGUCCCGACAGCCUUGCGCGACUGGAAAGCCGUAUAGCGGAAACUGCUAGUGUGCUGGAGGAAUGGCGGAAGAAAAGCAGCAUUUCUAGAAUUAAAGUUGCCUUGCCGAAAUUUCGCAUUUCCACCAAUACCGAUUUGAUACCUUGUACCAAAGCAUUGGGUCUAACGGAAAUGUACCUACCCACGACCAACAUGUCGAAAAUGUUCGGAAAUAAGGCACUGACAAAAGUUGGUGACUUUGCGCAAAAUACUAUGUUUGAUGUCGACGAACAUGGAAUUACGGCAGCAACUGUCACAAUGAUGCGACCAUUCUACACGUGCAACUAUUUUCCAUCAUUCGAAGCCAAUCGACCCUUUCUGCUGCUCAUCUGGGACAACGCUGGUGACUUUCCUAUGUUCAUUGGAAGAAUCGCUAAUCCCAGCCCGACAGACACUGUAGAAUAACUGCUGACUUGCUUAUAUACAGCCUGGCCACGCCAAGUUCGGACACUUUUUCCCAAAAAUUCCCACAAGUCACCCGUCAAGAAUUUAAAUCGUGUUUCGUUUUUGUAUGAUCAGCGUAUGUGUCCAGCAACUUUUGCACUUAAAGUUUUUACGCUAAAAACAUCCCUCCGGUUGCACUGAGAUCGAAACUAGAACGGACGAGCUUCGAAAUGCGACUCGACCCAUCUGUUCUGGGAUGCAGCUUCCAUUUCACAAUUGAUUUAAAAAUCCUAACUCUUUCCUAAUCUAGACUAGUUAAUUUCAUAAUGUUUGGCAAUCUUUUCUCUUGCGGAAGAUGCCUAACACAGCCCGAUUUCUACCAAGACUACGUGACCUUUGCAGCCUUCCAGCGGACACCUCCAAAAUGUUGGAUGACCUUUUUCGGGCGCUCGCCGUUCGGCCGUGAGCGGUCGUCGGUGUCUAAUCUUGAUGAAAUCUUUUUUAUAGGUUACUAUGCGUCUGCCUUAAGGUCUUCCAUUUCCACAAAAAACCCGAUCCGUUUCGUUCUAACGAAUUAGGAAGUCGGUCAUAACAUUUUUGAGUCACCGCUUUGCCAGAUUUCUCUUCCAGUUGUCCAGCCCGCGCAUUUUCCAGCCUGUAUGGUAGACAGCUGUCGAUUCAUUAAAUUCGUGUCACUUGACCAGUGUUUCAUCCAUGGAAACUGUCAACUUGAAAUCUUCCACAUUUGUGCGCUAGGCAACCGCAUUCUUGGGCGUGUGCGUUAUAACAUACAAGUCUAUGGGAGACGAACUUCGUUUUGAGGCUACCACGAAAAUCGAUAGCGCAGGGCCGAGUUAUUGAACCGUAACGGAUACCCUUUCGGUAGUCAUACAGUUUCCAAAAAACGUCACUGGAAAAUUCAGGUUCGUAAAGUUUCUAGAGGGGCAGUAAUAAGCACCAUAAAAACGAUCUCUGCCCCGCCCACUUAAUCACCGCCUACCUGCUUAGUGGCAUGUCAGAAGAUUCCAGUUUUGGUAUCACUAGAUCCGCAAUAAAAAGUUACACUAGGAAAGAGUUAACAGAAAAACAUAAUGACGAACAAAUUUAUUUUUAAAUUUAUUUUAUGCAACUGUCCGAACUUGGCGUGGCCAGGCUGUAAAUGCACCUUGAUAGACGACGUAAAACCUGUACAUUUGGCAAAAACAAGUUGAUUAGGUUGUGCAUCUAAUGAUUUGUAUAUCCGUGCGAAUUCGGCUACUCCUCCGAAACGAUAUGCGUUCUCGAUUUCUUCUUUUCUUUUGCACUAAAGGUAAACCGAAAUUAAGAACCUAGCUGUCUG